ACUUUUCUUUUUUUAUGCAUGUAAUUGGGUGUUUCUGGCUUCACAUGAACGAUUUCAUGAUCCACAUGUUUCACAAAUGAGGUCAGUUUUUUUUUUCCUUGUGUUAAACAUCUCAUCGGGUGUCGCUCUUCUUCAUCCUGCCUUGCUUGGCUCCAUGCGUUUUUCCCCCUUCACCCCGGUGGAAGGGAAAGGGAAAGACUUGGAGAGCCCAGCUCAGGCGGAAGGCGGCUGAGCGCGCUCAGUUGGAGAAGGGGAACCAAGACCUCCAAACAAACUUUAGAAACGCAGUUUGCUGAAAAGCAGACAAUCGGAGAGAAAUGCAAAGAUCUCCAGCUGCGCUCUCGGUCUAGGAGAAGCACGGAGAAACCGGGAAAGAUGGCGUGGACGCAGGCUCGCGUUCUCCUCGCCGUGGCUCUACUUGGACUUUUAUUCCUCGGCGUCUCGGUGGAAGGAGAGCCGCAGGGAGAUCAACAGGAGGAGGAGGAGAGGUCCUGUCAGGGCGCAUUCGACCUCUAUUUUGUUCUGGACAAAUCUGGAAGUGUGAAAUAUCACUGGAAGGAGAUCUACUUGUUUGUGAAGCAGCUGGCAGAAAAGUUUAUCAGCCCCAUGCUGAGAAUGUCUUUUAUAGUCUUCUCCACCCAAGGAAAGGUCAUCAUGCAGCUCACGGAAAACAGGGAGGCCAUAAACGAGGGCUUAAGGGCUUUGGAUGGCGUUGUCCCAGGAGGAGACACGUAUAUGAACUUAGGGCUGGAGAUGGCCAAUUCACAGAUAUAUCAAGAGAGGCAAGGAACUGCCAGCGUUAUAAUCGCUCUGACUGAUGGGGAACUGAAUUUGUGGCAGUUUGACACAGCGCAGCGAGAGGCACAAAGAGCCAGGUCAAUGGGGGCCACUGUUUAUUGUGUAGGAGUCAAAGAAUUCAACCAGACUCAGCUUGCAACUAUUGCCGACAGUAUGGAGCAUGUGUUUCCUGUAUGGGGUGGUUUCCAAGCACUCAGGGGAAUCAUCGACUCGAUCAUCAAGAAGUCUUGCAUUGAGAUUCUGGCAGCAGAGCCAUCCAGCGUGUGCGCGGGAGAGAGUUUCCAGGUGGUUGUUAGAGGGAAUGGUUUCCUUCAUGCUAGAAACAUCAACAAGGUUCUCUGCAGCUUCAAGCUCAAUGAUACACACUCUUUGGAUGAAAAACCAGCUGGGAUUGAGGACACCUACCUGCUGUGUCCUGCUCCUGUCAUAGAGGAAGUUGGAAGGGUGAUUUACCUCCAGGUGAGCAUGAACGAGGGCCUCUCCUACAUCACCAGCUCUGUCCACAUCACUACUACAGAAUGUUUUGACGGCACCAUUGUGCUAAUAUCAAUGCUGGUCUUGUUCCUGCUGUUGGCUCUGCUGCUGAUGUGGUGGUUCUGGCCUCUCUGCUGCACCGUGGUGAUCAAGGAACCGCCACCACCACCUCCUCCAGAACCGGAGUCAGAUGAAGAUGAUGGAAUGCCGAGGAAGAGGUGGCCCACCGUGGAUGCCUCAUACUAUGGAGGAAGAGGAGUUGGUGGGAUUAAGCGCAUGGAGGUGCGAUGGGGGGAGAAAGGCUCGACAGAAGAAGGCGCAAAGCUGGACAAACCUAAAAAUGCUGUGGUCAAGAUGCCAGAGCAGGAGUUCGAACCGUACGAGCCCAAACCUCGAAAACCGCCCCGCCGCCCCCCACAGCAAAAGACGUGGUACUCGCCGAUUAAAGGCAAACUAGAUGCCCUAUGGGCUCUGUUCAGGAGAGGCUACGACCAGGUUUCCCUGAUGAGACCUCAGCCUGGAGAUCAGGGUCGCUGCAUUCGCUUCCAGCGCGUCAAAGACGAAGAACCCUCUUCAAACCGUCAGAGUCUUCCUCGCAGGCCUCACUCUCCCUCAGCACCUCCUCCUCCUCUUCCUCCUCCGGCCGAAGAGCAGCCUUUGGUCUCCGUCUCUGUCCCCCGCACGAAGCCUCCAUCCAGAGGACCUCGCACCGCCCUGCCUUCCAUCGCGAUGCCUCCGUCACGAGCACCCCCUCCCAUGGUGCGACCUCCGCCGUGUUUGCCCCCAGCUCGCUUACCCCCAG